AUGUCUCUCAGAUCGAUUGUAUACUGUAAAGUGUGCUCGUAUCCGCUCGACUAUUGCGAGUUUUCCGGGAAGUUAAAGCGUUGCAAGGUCUGGGUGACGGAAAAUCAUCCAGAGCUGUAUUCCCAGUACUAUGGUGAUACAGAGACCGAAGAAGCUACAAACAAGCUGGCCGCCAGCUCGAUAGGUGACGAGCGUGAAGAAAAACUCGAGAAAGAUCUCAAAAGACUGCAGUCCAAGCAGGAGAACCGCGAACAGCGAGAAUUGGCCAAAAAACUGUCGUCAAAAGUGAUCAUCAAAAGAGAAGCGCGUACUAAACGUAAAUGUAUGAUCGCUAUAAGCGGGCUGGAAGUGUUUGAGAUCGACAUGAAGAAGCUUGCCAAGACUUUUGCAUCCAAGUUUGCAACAGGAUGUUCGGUCUCGAAAAAUGCCGAAAAAAAAGAGGAAAUUGUCAUCCAGGGCGAUCUGGCAGACGAGGCCGAGGCCUACAUCCACAAACUGCUCGAAGAAAAGGGAAUGAAAGACGUCAAAGUAGAGAAAAUCGAGACGAAGAAGAAGAAGAAGCCAAUCACGACGCCCGGCGCUGCCCCAGCGGAAGAAUAA